UCGACAUCCCUGGUCUCAUACAGUGCAAGUGCGGGUGUUUUUGUGCAAAUAACACAAUUUGCUAUAUAUACAGAGCCAAUAAGAACUAUUAAACCACUAAGAGAAGUGAAAUGGCGCAACCACAAAAACCCGACUACGAAAACAAAAAUAUCUAUGCGUCGCUGCCGCGCACCCAACGUGGCCAACCCAUUGUUUUGGGUUCCGAUCCCAAGGGCAAGAACUUUUUGUACACCAAUGGCAAUUCGGUGAUAAUCAGAAAUAUUGAGAACCCAGCGAUUGCCGAUGUCUACACGGAACACUCGUGUGCAGUCAAUGUGGCCAAGUAUUCGCCCAGCGGCUUCUACAUUGCAUCCGGCGAUGCCUCGGGCAAGAUUCGCAUUUGGGAUACAGUCAACAAGGAGCAUUUGCUGAAGAAUGAAUUCCAGCCGAUCGCAGGACCCAUCAAGGACAUUAGCUGGUCUGCGGACAAUCAGCGCAUGGUCGCUGUAGGUGAGGGACGUGAGAGGUUCGGCCAUGUCUUCAUGUCCGAGACCGGCACAUCCGUGGGUGAAAUCAGUGGACAGUCCAAGCCCAUCAACUCGGUGGACUUUAAGCCGACCAGACCGUUCCGGAUUGUAACUGGCAGCGAGGAUAACACGAUUGGCGUUUUUGAAGGCCCUCCAUUCAAGUUUAAGAUGACUAAGCAGGACCAUUCGCGCUUUGUGCAGGCCGUGCGCUACUCACCGGAUGGCAAGUUCUUUGCCUCGGCGGGCUUUGACGGCAAAGUGUUUCUGUACGAUGCAACCAGCUCGGAUCUCGUGGGCGAAUUCGGCUCGCCAGCGCACAAGGGUGGCGUAUAUGCGGUCGCAUGGAAGCCGGACAGCACUCAGCUGCUCACCUGCUCGGGCGACAAGACCUGCCGUCUCUGGCAGGUUGAGUCGCGCGAACUGAUCAGCGAGUUUGUCAUGGGCAAUACCGUGGAUGAUCAGCAGGUGUCGUGCCUGUGGCAGGGGGAGCACCUGAUAACCGUCUCGCUUUCUGGCAUCAUUACCUAUUUGAAUGUGGACGAUCCCAGCAAACCGUUGCGAGUGGUCAAGGGUCACAAUAAGCCAAUUACGGUGUUGGCCUUGAGUGAUGAUCGCAGCACUAUCUAUACGGGCAGCCAUGACGGCAUUGUGACCAACUGGAACUCCGGUAACGGCACUAACGAUCGCGUUACCGGCACUGGUCAUGGCAAUCAGAUAAACGGCAUCGCCGCCUGGGAUGAGUUCGUCUAUACGUGUGGCAUUGACGACAGCUUACGCCAGUUCAGCGUCGAGGGGAACAACUACACGGACUACGUGGUCAAGUUGAACUGCCAGCCUCGCGGCUUGGCCAUCUUGCGUAGUGAAAACAUUAUCGCUGUGGCGUGCAUUAAGGACAUCACCCUGGUGCAGGGCCAGAAGAAGAUCUUCUCGCUGCCCAUCAAAUACGAGGCCAGCUCCAUAGCCACAAACUCUGAAACUCUGGAUGUGGCUGUCGGCGGUGAUGACCAAAAACUGCAUAUCUAUGCACUAAAAGACGGCUCAUUGGAGCUGAAGACUGAACUAGAGCAUCUGGGCGCCGUCACCGAUGUCGCAUACUCGCCGGAUCAAAAGUAUUUGGUUGCCUGUGAUGCUCAUCGCAAGGUUGUGCUGUACUCAGUGGAGGAAUAUAAGCCGGCUCACAACAAGGAAUGGGGCUUCCAUAAUGCGCGUGUCAACACUGUGGCCUGGUCACCCAAUUCUCUGCUGGUAGCCAGCGGUUCGCUUGACACUACUAUUAUUAUUUGGUCUGUGACCAAUCCGGCCAAGCACACCAUUAUCAAGAAUGCGCAUCCCCAAUCGCAAAUUACGCGCCUUGUGUGGCUGGACAACAAUACUGUGAUCUCCACUGGUCAGGAUUGCAACACCAAAGUGUGGCACGUCGAAACUAUUUAAACCAUGCCAAAAGAGAACAGAACAACGAAAAGAAAAAACAAAAAAUAAGAAAAAGCGCAGCCAGCGCGUAUUUUUAUACUUAACCAGGAAGAGGGAACGGAGGAGAGCAA